AUGCAGCAACCAAACUUUCCGCCUCGAGGCUACGCAGACCACACGCCACCGCAACAGCAAGUACCUCGUACUGGUAGUGGAUAUACUCCUCCUAAUGACGGAUAUGGACGUCAACACCAACAACCACUGUCGCAACCUUCUGGAACUUUAUCAGGCCAAAACUUUCCGUCUCAACCUCCAGGACGUGCUGGGUUUCCACCUCAUCAAAUCACAUCAUCAGGUCCAAGCUCUCAAGGUUCUUAUCGACCUAAUCAACAAGUUGGACAGAUAUCAGGGUUUACAUCCAAUGGAAACACCCGUGGUGGUCCUAUCGGGUCAUCACCUGGAUACAACGGAUUUCCACCAAUGCCCGGGUCACUACAAAAUACUCCAGCUGCUGUACCAGCACCAGGAGCUUUCCAAUCAAAUGGUUUACCUGGUCCAACGAGGCAACCAUUUCAACAGGGACCUCCUGCUCCAGGACAGCAAUUUAACAAUGCACUGCCACCUCAGGGUGGACGUCCAGGCCCUUUACCACAAUUUAGUGGACAGCAACAAGGUCUUCCACCUCCACAGUUUAAUGGACAACUACAGGGACCCCCACCACCACAUUUUAGUGGACAACAGCAGGGACCACCUCCUCCACAAGGAGGAGCAGCUUCAUAUCUUCAGCCAAACCGCAAUGCUGGACCGUAUCCUGGACCCCCUGCUCCUGGUGCUACUGCACCGCCCUACGGUGCAUCGGUAGCACCUGGAGCGUAUGGCCAACCUCAGCAAGGAGGGUAUCCUCAACAACACCAGCCGCAGGCUUCUCAGGCACAAAAGCAGCGUAUCGACCCGACUCAGAUCCCACGACCUAUUAUUUCGCCGGAGCGUGUGCAGUAUGUUGCUCGGGGUCACACUGUGACCAUGCCGCCGCCGGCGUCGAGUGACUACGUGUGUGUGGACGAAGGCUGCUGUAAUCCACGCUUUAUUCGGCCGACGCUUAAUCACGUCCCCGCCACGAAGGAUUUGCUGAAGCAAUGUGGACUGCCGCUGGCUGCGGUAAUCUGUCCGCUUGCCGACUUGCACGAGGACGAGCUGUCGAUUCCACUGGUGGACUUUGGACCUAGUGGCCCAUUGCGAUGCACACGUUGUGCUGCUUAUGUAAACUCAUUUACCAAGUUCAUCCAAGGUGGUCGUAAAUUUGUGUGCAACAUUUGUCAGCUGAGUAAUGAUACCCCCCGCGAUUACUACUGCAGCGUAGACCAGUACGGCAAGCGCCGCGAUAUUCAAGAACGCGCGGAACUAUCGCGCGGCUCCGUGGAAUAUGUUGUGCCUGCAGCGUACACUAUCCGUCCGCCACAAGAGCCCAUUUUGGUUUUUAUUCUCGACGUGUCUCUCUUUUCGUUCCAGACGGGCCUCGCUAUUAGCGCACUGCAGACAAUUCAGUAUUUGCUUCCGUCGAUGGCACAGAACAAACGCAAGAAGGUGGGUAUUGUAACAUUCGAUUCAGCCGUACACUACUACCGUAUGAACAGCGGCUCGACUUCUAUAUCAAUGAGCAUUUGCCCCGACAUUGAUGAUCCUGUGGCACCGCUGCCUCCUAGCAGCUGGCUGAUAUCCAUGGACGAUCUGGCCGCUGCUGACAAGAUUACGGAGCUAUCUGAUACAAUCACCCGUUCGUUUGAAAACACUACAACGAAUCAGGCAGUUUCUGGAUCCGCACUCUGGAGUGUAGCCGACGCGCUAUCGGUAUCGGGAGGACGAGUAGUGCUGCUUCAUGCUGGAGCUCCUCGCGUAGGGAUUGGCAAAGUGAAACGUGAAGAAGUGAGUGGUGCCUACGGUACUACAAAGGAGGUGGACCUGUAUACUCCCGAGGACAACAACGUGUACGAGGAACUAGCUCGCAAGUGUGCGGAAAGUCACAUUUCGUUGGAUGUGUUCUCGGUUGCAAACGUGUUUGCAUCACUUGCUGAUGUGGGCCGUGUGUGUGAAUUGACUGGCGGGCGUGUUCAGUACAUGCCUCAGUUUGAAAAGGAGCAAUCAAGUAAUCGUCACCAUCUUACUAGUAUGCUUCAGCGACUUGUGGAUCGCGACUGCGGCUAUGAGGCCGUGCUUAAGGUGCGCUGCAGCGCUGGGCUCCGUUUGGAGCACUCAUACGGUAGUUUUUACAAUGCUCGUGGUAACGCAUAUACAUCAGAUGAGAUGGAGUUUGCUGUGAUCGACCAAGACCGUUCGAUGUGCGUAACUUUUUCGUACGACGAACCGCUAGCUGAGGGCACGGACGCAUAUAUCCAAGCGGCGCUGCUUUAUACGCGCAGUGACGGCUUGCGUUGCGUGCGUGUGCACAACCUCGCGUUGCAGGUGGACCCGUUGCUAUCAAAUGUUUUCCGGUUUGCUGACCUGGACGCGACCUGCUCCGUAUGGCAGCGCUCAGCUGCACGUCAGUUCGUGGACAAGCAGCUAAUGCGUGCGACGCCUAUGGCCGUGAAGGAAUCGUUGGUGGACCAGUGUGUGACGGUGUUAUUCAACUAUCGCAAGUAUUGUGCUUCAUCUUCAUCUUCGGGACAGCUCAUCUUACCUGAAUCUCUUAAGUUGCUGCCUCUUUACACUUUGGCUACUCUCAAGAGUCGUGCAUUGAGAGGAAACCUUGUGGGAAACCCUCCGCGUGGAUUUAUUGAUGUGCGUGCAGAUGAGCGAGUGAUGAUGAUGGGUCUACUGAACAGUCUUCCCGUUGAGUUUUGCGUUUCGGCGGUCUACCCCAAACUAUACAGCGUACAUGACCUGGCGGAAGAUUGCUGCACACUGGACGAGGAUGGCAAGUUUCUCCUUCCGCCGCAGCUUCCGCCUACGGCAGAAAAACUAGAUGAAGAAGGUAUUUUCCUGUUGCACUCAGCAAUGUGCUGCUACAUUUACAUCGGUCCAAAGGCUUCUCCUGAUUUGUUGAUGGAACUAUUCGGCGUGGAUCAUGCUGACACAGCUGAGCAGACUCUGGACCUGUUCGAGAGUAUCGAAAGCGAGCCUCCCGAGGGUGAUGGCAUGAGUGCUCGUGAGCGACUGCGUUCGCUUGUGGAGUACUUGAACUCAACCAUUCCGAUCUCUCAGCCCCUGGAGAUCCUGAGCAAGAAUGACUGGCGUGCCAAUCGCUUCAUGAGCACGCUAGUAGAGGAUCGCACACGCAAUGACGUCUCGUACGUUGAGUUUUUGGUCCAGGCGCAUAAGAAGAUUCAGUACAAGUUUCACUAG